AUGCGGAUGUGGUCAAUAUUCGUCAUCCUAUCAUUUUUAGUUCCACUUGUCGCACCGAUUAAUGUAAGCGCAUAUAUGAUCAAUCAAACAGCAGCUAAUAUAUCAUGGAUAUAUCCACUUGAUACCAACAAUCCCGAUGAUAUCUCGUUACUUGGUGGGAUGAUCAAAGGUUUCUACGUUAUCGUUUUCGCACCUUUAUCAAUGCAACCACCAAUCGUUCAUCGUAAUUAUGAAGGAACUAUCGGUACUCGAUACUGGGAUAUUGUCGGAAAUUUAACACCUGGAACAACGUAUCAUGCGCAAGUGAAAGCCUUUACGAAAAAAGGCGAUGGAAAACCAAGUGUGCCAUAUAUCUUUACCGUUCCAAAAGAAGAUUUUAGUGAGUGA